AUGGUGAAGGCGGAGACGUUCCUGGGGGUCGAGGUCGACCCGAAGGCCGAGCUGGCCAUGGAGGCCGAGAUGGUCCCAGAGGGGGAAAGGAUAUCGGUGGACGAGAUAAUCUUAGGGAUCCAGAUGAUCUUGGGGAUCGAGAUGGUCCUCGUGGGCACGGUGGUCCGGGGCGUCGAGACCCCACGAACCGAGAUGGUUUGA